AUGAAAUUAUCGUCUCUCCAACAUGACUCCGCAGCAAGAGUCUCUCUGCCUGGUUUCAUCAUUUUCUUCAUUAAUUUACCGAUUCACAACUUGGAGUCAGCCCAGUUCACUGUCAUCGGACUGAGUUCACCUGUCACCGCUAUUGUGGGUGAGGACAUUGUGUUAUCCUGUCACCUGUCUCCCCCGAUGAGUGUUGAGAACAUGGAGGUGAGAUGGUUCCGGUCCCAUUACUCUUUCCUUGUGCAUCGCUAUCGUGAUGGAAAGGAUCAGACUGAAUAUCAGAUGCCGGAAUAUACAGGAAGGACAGAGUUUCUGAAAGACGGCAUCAGAAAUGGAAGUGUCGCCUUGAGGUUACAUAAUAUCAGACCCACGGAUGAGGGACGAUACGUGUGCUAUUUUGAGUCAACUUCCUUUUAUAAAGAUGCCCAAAUGGAACUGAAGGUGGCAGCUCUAGGUGCUGCUCCUCUCAUCUCUGUUGAGGGAUAUCAGGAUGGAGGGAUCCGAGUGGUGUGCCGAUCAGCCGGGUGGUACCCAGAGCCUGAGGUUUUCUGGAGAGGUCUCACUGGACAACAUGUACCGUUGCUGUCUGAAAGAAAAUUCCAAGGGGCUAAUGGCCUGUUUGAAACAGAAACUUCUAUAAUCAUAACAGAAACCUCAAACCAGAACAUCUCCUGUUCCAUUAGGAGCACUCUCCUCAAACAAGAAAAGGAAUCAAGAAUUUAUGUAGCAGAACUUUUUUUCCCGACGAAAUCUCCCUGGAUCGCCAUUCUGUGCACGAUCCUGGUUAUUCUGGUUUUUUUUAUUGGCCUCUUAAUUUAUCUCUUGAAAACAAAAGGGAUGAAGGCUGCAGAAUAUAGGUGGAGAGACUGCCUUACAGAAGCAGAGAGCGUGACCCUGGAUCCAGAUACAGCAAAUCCCUACCUCAUCAUAUCUGCGGAUGGGAAAAGAGUCAGACUGGAAGGCACAGACCAGGAGCUGCUCGCCAAUCCUGAGGGAUUUAGUUAUUCUCCCUGUGUGCUGGCCUAUGAGGGAUUCACAUCUGGGAGACAUUUUUGGGGGGUGGAAGUUGGGAGCAAAGGAGGCUGGGCUGUGGGGGUGGCCAGAGAGUCUGUGAAAAGGAAGGAAGGAGCAGUGAUCCUUAAGCCUGAGGAGGGGAUCUGGGCUGUAGAGCGACAGUGGUGGGGUCAGUUCUGGGUUCUCACUAGCCCUAUGACACGCCUUUCCCUAAGUAGGAAACCUGAGAAGAUUCGGGUUUCUCUGGAUUACGAAGAGGGGCUGGUGGAAUUUUUCAAUGCUGAUAAUGUGAAACCGUUCUACGCUUUCUGCUCGGCCUCUUUCGCUGGUGAGAAAAUCUUCCCUUUCUUCCGGGUUGGGGGUGCAGGAGCCCACCUCAGAGUGUGUCCGUGA